GGGCGCUGCAGCCGGCGGCGGGGCCGGUGGCGUUUGGGCGGGGAGGUGUCAUGGCGGCCGCCGCGGUGGCAGCGGCUGGAGCCGCCGGGAGGAGCCGCUGACCCGGGCCGUGCCGGGGGAUGCGAGCGGCUCUGGCCGGGCGUGGUCGCCGGGACUGGUCUGCUGAGCCAGCAGCAGGAGCCUUGACCCUCCCAAGCGAGGAGAAGGGAGGAGGCGACCGGCCCCAGGCCCGCGGGAGCGGGCUGCCGGCUGUGGGGCUGACCGGCCGGGCUCUGUGAGGCCCGGAGGCCUCAGAGCGGCCACCAUGGCGUCGUGGUUGGGCGGGCUGGGCUCGGGGCUUGGCCAGUCCCUGGGGCAGGUGGGAGGCAGCCUGUCCUCGCUCACCGGCCAGAUCUCCAGCUUCACCAAGGACAUCCUGCUGGAGGGCGCGGAGGAAGUGGGCGAUGCAGCAACAGAACUCCAUGUAUCCAAUUCUAGACUCAGAGAAAUAGAAAGUAUUAAUGCAGCACAAAAGUUUGAAAAUGAGAGACUGAAAAAAGUUUGUAGUGAUUUGGAAGAAAAGCAUGAAGCAGCAGAACUCCAAAUAAAGCAGCUAUCUGUAGAGUACAGAAAUCAGCUUCAACAGAAAGAGGUGGAAAUCAGCCAUCUAAAAGCUAGACAGAAUGCACUACAGGAACAACUGCAGAAAGUACAGUCAGCACAGUUAGCAGCUGGUGUUUUGCCAUCAGCUGCUACAUCAGCUUCCUAUGUUCCAGUGGUCAGACACUCUUCAGGUUUUGAAGGAGAUGAAAUGGAUUUUGGAGAUGUAAUCUGGUCACAACAAGAAAUAAACAGAUUGUCCAAUGAAGUUUCUAGGCUUGAAUCUCAGGUUGACCACUGGAAGCAGAUUGCCCUGUCUUCCAAAGUGCAAGGGACAAAUGAUGCUGAACAAAGUGAAAUAUGCAAACUGCAAAAUGUUGUUAAGGAGCUCAAACACAAUUUAAGUAAAGAAAUCGAUGAACAUCAACAUGAACUUUCAGUACUGCAGGAUGCACACAGGCAGAAGCUGGUGGAGAUCAGUCGUCGACACCGAGAAGAGCUGAGUGAAUAUGAAGAGCGAAUUGAAGAACUUGAGAAUCAGUUACAGCAAGGUGGUGUGAGUACUAAUACCAUGGAUGACUCUAAAAUUAGUGAACAGAAAAGAAAUGCUCAGAGUUUAGAAGGAGGAAGAGUAGAAGAGCUACAAGUUGUAAAGGACCUAGAAGAUGAAUUAAGAAAAGUAAAUCAUGAGUUGUCGUCUGCCAAAGAAGAAAACAAAAUUCUUCUGAAAGAACAAGAGUUGGCAAAGGUAGAAAAAAUCCAAAUAGCGCAAGAGUAUGAAAAUCUUAAAUCUGACUUUAGUAUGCUUCAAAGUUCUGUUGCAGAGCAAGAUGCUCUCCUGAAAGAACAGGAGAAGAAGCUCCAAUCAAAGACAUCACUACCAGAAGAUGUUACCAGACUACAGCAAGCACUGUUAGAAGCAGAAAACAAAAUAGCAAGACUCUCGAAUUUAAAUCAGGAAGAGAAGGAACUGACAAGUGCACAACAUACAAAUGAGAAUAUUCUUUCUGCGUACACUGAGAAAGAGAAUUCAGAAUUAAAUCAGUUAAGACAAGAUCUGGAAAGGAAAGAACAUGAAUUAAAUGAAAGUAUUGCUGAAAGAGAAACAUUAAUAGCAGAGCUGGAAGAACUAGACAAGCAGAAUCAAGAAGCCACUCAGCAUAUGAUUACACUGAAAGAGCAGCUGUCAAAACAACACACAGAAACUGAUAGCAUCAUCAAACAGCUGAAAUUUGACAUAGACUUUGAAAGAAAGAAAGUAUCAGAAUUAGAAAUUGAGAAGAAGGAAGCUAUUAAGGAGUUAGAUAGUCAGAAAGAAAAACUAAGCAAAUGUUCAUAUGCACUUAAUGAUUUGCAUAUAAGUAAGCAGCAGCUUCAAGAUAAUAUUAAAGAUCUUCAGGAACAAUUAAGGAAAUCCCAGGACUGUAAUUUGCAUAAUAAAAAAGAAAUCAGAGAAUUGCAGCAGAGACUAAAAGAAAGAAAGGAGGAACUUCCUGUGUCCUUGAGCAAGUUAACGAACAGUAAUCAGGAGUCUAACUACCCUUGUCAAGAUCUGAUUCUGAAAGAAAGAGAAGCAGAGAUUGCAAAACUACAGAAUGACAUUUUAGAAAAUAAACAACUCAAUGAAGACUUAGAGAAAUCUUUGUCUGAUCUCAGAACAGAAAAUGGGAAGCUGAUAGCAGCGGUUGAAGAGCUAAAACAGGAGUUAAGUGAUGCAAUUUCUGAGAAAAACAAAGUUUACUUGGAAAAAGACACUCUUGUGGAGGCUUUGAAAAUGGAAAAAAGACAGCUAGAGAGUGAAUUAAACCAGUCAGAAAAGAGGCUUUUAGAGCAAGCACAUAAGUAUAAGCAAACUAUUGAGGAAUUAUCAAACGCCCGUAGUAUGGAUACCACUGCUUUGCAGCUUGAACACGAGCGCCUGGUUAAACUCAAUCAAGAGAAAGACUUUAAAAUUGGUGAACUUCAAAGGACCAUUGAGCAGAUGGAAACUGACCAUCAAGAAACAAAAGAGAUGUUGACUACUAGCUUAGGAGGACAGAAGCAGUUGACAGAGCUCAUAAAAGAAAAAGAGGCACUUAUUGAAAAAUUUAAAAAUCAAGCCUUACAGGUGAAGCAGGAACUUGAGGAGCAUGUGAAAAUUUCAAAACAGCAAGAUGUCUUAAAACAGAAUUUGGAGGAAAAAGACAGAAAUCUUGCAGUCAUGAAGGAAGAAAAUAAUCAUUUGAAAGAAGAAAUUGAGCGUCUUAAGGAUCAGCAGAGUAGAUCUACUACGCAUGUGGUUGAGCCUAAAACUCUAGAUAUUAUUAUUGAACUUGAAAGUGAGGUAACACAGUUAAAAGUGAUAAGGAAUAAUCUUGAAGAAGAAAUAGAAGUUCAUAAAAAAACAAUAGAAGAUCAGAAUCGAACAACAGUGCAACUUCAGCAGUCUUUGCAGCAGCAAAGAAAGGAAAUAGAUGAGUCUAAAUUUCAGUGUGAGCAAAUGAAUGUCACACAUGAAAGACUUUCUUUAGAGAAAGAUGAGGAAAUUAAAAACUUGCAGAAAACAAUUGAACAAAUUAAAACUCAGUUGCACAAAGAGAGACAGAUUAUUCAGACUGAUUCCUCUGAUCUCUUUCAGGAAACCAAAGUUCAGACUCUUAAUGGAGAAAAUGGAAAUGAAAAACAUGACUUAUCUAAAGCUGAAAUUGAAAGACUGGUGAAAGGUAUCAAAGAAAGGGAGAUGGAGAUUAAGCUUCUAAAUGAAAAGAAUGUUUCUCUAAGCCAUCAAAUUGAUCAGUUGUCUAAGGAUGAAGUUGGCAAACUUAAUCGGAUCAUUCAAGAGAAGGAUUUAGAAAUACAAGCUCUCAAUGCUAGAGUUUCCUCAGCUUCCUAUAGGCAGGAUGUUGUUUGUCUUCAGCAGCAGCUGCAAGCUUAUGUUAUGGAAAGAGAACAAGUACUGGCAGUUCUAAGUGAAAAGACAAGAGAAAACAGUCAGUUAAAAACAGAGUAUCAUAAUAUCAUGGAUAUAGUUGCUGCUAAAGAAGCAGCUUUGAUAAGGUUGCAAGAAGAGAAUCAAAAGUUAUCUAAUAGAUCUGAAAACAGCAGUCAAGACAUGUCUAGAGAAACUAUUCAGAAUUUAUCCCGUAUCAUUCGAGAAAAAGAUAUUGAAAUAGAUGCUCUUAGUCAAAAAUGCCAAACCUUAUUGACUGUCCUACAGACAUCCACUACAGGUACUGAUAAUGGGUCAGGAGGUGUUAACACUAACCAGUUUGAGGAACUUCUACAAGAACGUGAUAAACUAAAACAGCAAGUAAAGAAGAUGGAAGAGUGGAAGCAGCAAGUAAUAACCACAGUUCAGAACAUGCAGCAUGAGUCAGCUCACCUCCAAGAGGAGUUACACAGACUUCAAGCACAAAUUUCAGUUGAAAGUGAUAGUAAUUCAAAGUUGCAGGUCGAUUAUAAUGGCUUGAUUCAGACUUAUGAACAGAAUGAGAAACAGCUGAAAAGUUUUAGUCAGGAAUUAGCACAAGUUCAACAUAGCAUAGGACAGCUUCAUAACACCAAGGAUCUUCUCCUGAGUAAACUUGAUUUGGUUGCACCAUCUGUGGCAACAGCUUCCACUGUUUCACAGCUUUCGAGUGCUCAAUACAGUGCACCUGGAGUACUCAGUGAUGAGUCUAAACUCAUUCAAAAGGAGUUGGAACAACUGAAAAAAAAGUUGCAAGAAAAAGAUUCAACUAUUAGGACUCUUCAGGAAAAUAAUCAACGAUUAUCUGAUUCUGUGGCUACAGCAUCAGAGAUUGAAAGAAAGAGUCAAGAAGAGACUGAGUCAGAGAUGAGGCAGAUGAAAGAAAAACAUGAUGUCUUGCAGAAAUCACUUAGGGAAAAAGACAUAUUAAUUAAAUCUAAAAGUGAUCAGUUACUGUCUGUGAGUGAAAAUCUUAGUAACAAAGAAAACGAAAAUGAGGUUUUGAAGCAGGCUGUGACAAAUCUUAAAGAAAGAAAUUUAAUUUUAGAAAUGGAUAUUCGAAAACUGAAAGAAGAAAAUGAAAAAAUAGUUGCAAGGUGCAGGGAAAAAGAAACAGAGUUCCGAGCACUUCAGGAAACUAACAUGCAAUUUUCAAUGAUGCUGAAAGAGAAAGAGUUUGAGUCUCACUCAAUGAAGGAGAAAGCUCUUGCUUUUGAGAAGCUAUUGAAAGAAAAAGAACAGGGCAAGACAGGAGAACUGAAUCAGCUUUUAAAUGAAGUGAAAUCAAUGCAGGAAAAGGCUGUUACUUUCCAGCAAGAGAGAGACCAAGUAAUGGUAGCACUCAAACAGAAGCAAAUGGAGAGCAAUGCCCUGCAGAGUGAGAUACAACAUUUACGUGAGAAGGAGCAGCGCCUCAAUCAGGAGCUGGAGCGGUUACGGAACCACCUGUUAGAAAUGGAGGACUCCUACACACGAGAAGCUUUAGCUGCAGAAGACAGAGAGGUCAAGCUGCGGAAAAAAGUUGUGGUUUUGGAAGAAAAACUCCUGUCCUCAUCUACUGCAGUAGAGAAUGCCAGUCAUCAAGCUAAUCUGCAAGUUGAAUCUUUGCAAGAGCAAUUAAACCUGGUUUCCAAGCAGAGGGAUGAAACUAUGCUACAGCUCACCAUCUCACAGGACCAAGUGAAGCAGUAUGCAGUGUCACUGGCCAACCUGCAGAUGGUACUAGAGCAAUUCCAACAGGAAGAAAAAGCUAUGUAUUCGGCAGAGCUGGAGAAACACCAAAAACAGACUGCAGAAUGGAGAAAAAAAGCACAAAACUUAGAAGAAAAAGUUGUAUCACUGCAGGAAAGUUUAGAAGAGGCGAAUGCUGCACUGGAUGCAGCAUCAAGGCUCACUGAACAGCUUGACAUCAAAGAGGAGCAGAUUGAAGAGCUUAAGAAAGAAGGUGAGCUCAGAAGAGAAAUGUUAGAAGAUGUACAAAAUAAACUAAUGAAUCUGAUGAACAGCACAGAAGGAAAAGUAGACAAGCUCCUGAUGAGGAAUCUCUUUGUUGGACAUUUUCAUACUCCAAAAAAUAAACGUCCUGAGGUAUUAAGGUUAAUGGGAAGUAUCUUGGGAAUAAAAAAGGAAGAACUUGAUCAGUUAUUAUCUGAAGACCAACGAGGAGUUACAAGAUGGGUGACUGGCUGGCUUGGUGGAGGAGCUGGGUCAAAGAGUGUCCCUAAUACACCUCUGAGGCCAACUCAUCAGAACAUUUUUAACAGUUCUUUUUCAGAAUUGUUUGUGAAAUUCCUUGAAACAGAAUCUCGCCCAAGCCUUCCUCCACCCAAACUCUCUGUCCAUAUGAAACCUUUAGGAGCAGCAGGAACUGGUCAAACCACAAGUACUCCAUCCAACAGUCAAAUGCAAGAUUCUGGAGUGUCAGGAAUGAGCAGAAGACCAGACGCAAAUCCAUUUUUAGCUCCUCGCUCUGCAGCAGUGCCCCUCAUAACACCUGCUAGUAAUUCUGGACAUCUGCUCAUGAAACCUAUUUCUGAUGCAUUGCCUACUUUUACACCACUACCAGUGUCCCCUGAUGCUAGUGCUGGUGCUGUACUAAAAGACCUCCUAAAACAAUAAGUGAUCUUGAAUCAAUACAAUGAUAUAAGCACUUUAAGGAAAAUGAGAACACUAUGCUGUAUAUAAUUUACCACAAUGAGGCCUUCUGUAAAAAGUCACGUACUUGUUUGCAAUUGUACCUUGCUCUUCUUUUAAUAACAAACUAACCAGUGCUUUGGAAAUUCUAAUAGUUGGCAUGAGUAACUGCUGCCUGCUAUAAACAGCAGGUAUUUCUUUUGGGUGUGGGUUAAAUCUUAAACUGAGGGGGGAAAAAAAAAAAUCUGUCUUCUUGCUAGAUUGUAGCAACACAAACUGAAUUUAAGCCCUAGUUAAUGGUGUGAGUUGUUUCAGUUAUGCAUAAACAGCAUUAACUCUUUGGUGUUGAGAUUCGUUGUUCCACAAAGGGUUCAGUGAAUUACACAAACUGCAAAUAAUGAGCCAUUGAGUGUAUGGGAGUGUUCAGCUCUUUGCACAAUGACUUUGGUUUGUUCUCCCUCCCAGCCUAAUAGCUGCUUGCAGUAAUCAAACCCAUCAGCACCAAGGAGUUAACAGUGAAAGUGAGUGCUUCAUUUUCUGGUGGUGUCCAUGUAAUGAAAGUGGGUAAUUUAGCAAGAGAUUGGUUCAUAUUAUAAAGACAUUGUACUCUAAUGGUCUAAGAUGUUUAUUUGAGAGAUUUUUUAUCUUGUGGGAUUUUGUAGAUCUAAAUAUAGGCUUAAAGCUUGAACACAUGUAUAGAAUUUAAAGGGAAGAAGAUGCUUACUUAUCUCAAAAGUGUAAAUAGGUCUUUGUAAGACUAAGGGUAAAGUCAAUUAUUUUGUAAAUUUUGGUGUGAUAACUUGUACACUUUGUUUGGCAGGUAAAGAAUGAAGUUGCAUUCUAAAGGAUAACAGUAGUCUUGCAAAAGUCAUCUUCAUAGUGAAUCUGAGAUGAAGCAUUUUCAUUUUUAAAUGUGUAAUUUCUAAAUCUUUUUAUAUGCCAUUCCUUGUUUAGUCAGUGUUAAAAUAACUAUUGUGCAAGUUCUAUAUUAGAACUGUCAACCUUUACUUCUCAUUUUCAUUAAGAUACUGGAUUUAAUUGUUGUAAGAGUUAUAUUUAAAUAAAAUUAAUUUCCAAAACUUGUACAGAAUCAACCUAAAUAAUGCAAGAAAUAUUUGCAUUUAUUUAUGUAGAGGUCAAAUAUUGAAUUUCUUUUGGUUUAAAUUUUUUACUGCAUUAUAGACCAGGUAAUUAGUUUGGCAGUUUGAUUUCUGAAGGAAUAACAUCCACACAUAGUGUACCAAAGUAAAUUCUGCAUUAUGUAAUAAAUGUAAUGAGGAUUUGGAAUUACCUCGACUGAGAAUAUUUCAGUUUGGUACUUAAAAUGUACAUCUUCAUUUAAACUGGACUGGAAUACCUACCUUAUUUUUUUAUAUAACAAAUACAAAGAAAGCUGAAGUUAGAUUACUUCUGUGCAGUCUCUCUUGUUCUUGUAGUCAUGUCUAUUUAAGGAUAUAUAGCUGCUUCAGAAUAAAAUUGCCUUUUGGUGAACCAUAGCAGGAGGAGGUGUUUAGUUUUUUUUAAUUGUGGCUUAUAUAUUAUACAUUACAAAUGGACUCAUGCUGGUCACUAUUCCCUGAAUAUACUACUUAAGUUGAUCUUAACUUUUGUGCAUAUUUUUUCUUUAAUUACAGAGAACUUAAUAUGUACAUGUUUCUCUUCUGGGAAGCUUUUUACAUGCCAAUAAAUAAAACAUGGUAAGACCA